CACACCCGCCGUCGCAGUGCCUCUGUUUACCUCUGGACGCUGCAGCGAGCAGACGCGCGCCCCGCACUCCUCUCCACGUGCUGAGGCCACGCGGCUCAGCAUCUUACUCUCUUCUUAACUCAAGGGACUCUGCGUUCAUCAGUAACAAAUUGACAACCUCGACUACCACAACUACCACCACAACAACAACAACAACCACCAUCACUACUACAGACGGCUGCUACCACUAUUAUGUCCCCCAGCAUGGACUCGGCAGGCGCACAGUCUCCCCAGGACUCAGCGCCGGAUACCCACUCCAAGUCUCUACUUAUCAACUUUGACGGGACCAUCGCGGAGCCUCGCCAGCCUAGGAAAGCUGAUGGCACCGUCAGGGAGCGUGUGGCGGAUAGCUGCUGGCAAGUCCGCUACACCUUUGCUCUGCUGGCUCUGUCCGGCAUUGCGCUCAUGUAUGCUAUGCGUGUGGUGCUUUCCAUCGCUAUAGUGGCUAUGGUGGGCACGAGGGCGCAUCACGGUCACGGUGAGGACGGGAACUUCACUGAGGAGGCUGAGGAUCUGUCUAAUACAUGCCCGGACACCAGGCACGGCAUCAACAGCACCUCCGGAAAGACUGCUGUGGAAGGAGAAUUUGAUUGGGACGAGACGAUCCAGGGACUCAUCUUGGGCUCCUUCUUUUGGGGUUACGCCUUCACCAACAUCCCAGGAGGUCGGGCGGCGGAGUAUUUAGGAGGCAAGCUUGUGUUUGGCGGAGGCAUCGUGCUCUCCGCUGGACUCACUCUCAUCACUCCAAUCAGCGCCAGAACCUCCACCGAACUUCUUAUCGCCGUCAGAUUCUUUCUUGGCACAGUUCAGGGGGUGGUGUUCCCUGCCAUCAACUCCAUGAUUGCCACGUGGGUCCCGCCACUGGAAAGGAGCAGGUACAACACCAUUGUUUACUCAGGCUUCCCUCUCGGCACCGUGCUUUGCCUUCCGAUCGGCGGGUGGCUGUGUUCCUCCGACUUUCUGGGAGGUUGGUCCUCCGCCUUCUACCUCUUCGGGACCCUGAGUGUGGUGUGGGGUCUGGCUUGGUUCCUACUCGUGCACAACCGUCCCGAGAUUCACCCAAGAAUUUCCACCAAGGAACUGAUGCACAUCCAAUCCUUCGAGAAAGAUAUCAAGAGUGCCGAGGUGGUUCCCCUCCCGAAGAAGGAAAUCGUGCUCUCCUUGCCUUUCUGGGCCCUGGUGGUCGGCGCUCUGGGUUAUGACUUCGGCUUCUACACACUUCUCACCGAGCUGCCCACGUACCUCAAGAACAUCCAGCACUUUGACAUGAGCGAGAACGGCCUUAUGUCAGCCAUGCCCUUCCUGGUGAUGUGGCUGUGGGGGUACGUGUGGGGCUCCCUCAUGGACCGCCUUACUGCUGCCAACAAGAUCUCCCUCAUUGCCAUCCGCAGGCUUUCUAUGGCGCUGGCUCUUUACGGCCCCAUGUUUGGUCUGAUGCUGAUGUGCUUCGUAAACUGCAACACCACGCUGGCCAUGAUGGUUCUCUGCGUCGCCGUGGGUCUCAGUGGAAGUGCCAACUGCGGCUUCCUCUGCUCCCACCAAGAACUCGCCCCCAACUUCGCCGGGACACUGCUGGGGAUCACGAAUACUGUGGGCUCCGCGGCGGGCGUCCUGGCUCCUGUCAUCACUGGAAGCAUCACUGAAGGCAACCAAACCCUGAGUGCGUGGAGGACAGUGUUCCUCAUCACAGUCGGCGUUUACUUCCUCACCUGCACAGUCUACAUCGCCUUCAUCACCGACCAAGUGCAGCCCUGGAACGAACCCAAGACGAAGAAACAAGGCGAGCAUCGUAACGGGGAUCUGGACACCGCCGCGGCCUUGCUGGUGAAUGACCCCAAGGCCCUGCCAGUGUGCUGAACGCGCCACGAAGCUCAAGAACACUUAGACACACCGCAGCCAGGGUACAUGACACAGACACGAGAGUAACACUGAGGAAGACAAUCACUAGCAGAUCAUUAUAGGAAUCUCUUCAGGUUCAGAACCAGCAAGAGUUUGCAAUAUGAAGAUCUGUUUUAGGUGCUGAUGUCUUCUAUAUAAGUGGGUGGAAUGAGCUCGUUAAUGAUCAGUAACCGGGGACUCAAGAGAAGGUUCACAAUCACUCGCUUCUUAUUCAAGUACUGCAUCACGACACGCAUGCUUCUUCACGCUACAAGAGGAAGACAGGUAUUAACAAUAGAGGACCACGUUCUCAAAUGUCUCAGCGUCUCAUCUCAACUCCUUGUAAGCUCUAGUGGAAGUUAAUAAGGUUCUCAAGAGUGUUUUUUUUUUUUUUGUGUGUGUGUGUGUGUGAUUCCAGUGAUAGUUGAAUAAGUUUUUCUACAUAAUCAACUGGAAAAACAUCCACGAGAACACGACUAAUCAUAUCAGUGACCUCUGAAAAUAGUUCUUAUGAAAGGUAAUAAUGUUUCAAAAUACGGGCUCAGGAUUUAACAAGAGGUUCACGAUAACUUACCUCAUGCUUCCUUGCACUGCACUAGAGGAGGCUGCGAAGUUCUCCAGUGUGUGCAUGUCUCCGUGUCUCUCAGGACGCGCAAGAAAAACGGCCAAGUGUUAAACGAAGAGUAUGUUUAUAGUGCAUGAGAGAGAGAGAGAGAGGGGAAGUAAUACGAAACAUGGGGAAGAAAGAAAAGUGUGCAGAGGCGUGUGAUGUAUGAAGGAAAUAGAAGAGGAUUUGUAAAUAUUUAGUGUGAAAGAAAAGAACUGUAGAAAAAAAGAAAAUAAGUACGUACGCAUGCUCUCUCUCUCUCUCUCUCUCUCUCUCUCUCUCUCUCUCUCUCUCUCUCUCUCUCUCUCUCUCUCUCUCUUGAA